AUGACUGAGGCUUUUUCAGUUUUGUCUGCUGGCGCAAUGAAGGUAGGAGAACUUUGGGAAGAGAUUCGGGUGAAGGGUGUCAAAGUUCUUUGGCAAAAUCUGAUUUGGUUUCCUCUCCACAUCCCUAAGCAUAGUGUGAUUGCUUGGAUGGUAUUUUUGGAUAGACUUCCAACAAAGGAUAGGUUGCAGUGUAUGGGGCUUGAAAUCGGAGUUAAAUGUGCUAACUGUAAUGAUGCUUUGGAGACAAUGGAUCACUUGCUCCUUGAAUGUACUUUGGCUUCUGCUAUAUGGGAGACUGUGUUGAAUCUAAGUGGUUUGAGGAUAAAUUCUUUGUGUUGUGAGGCUGAGAUAGCAUGGGCUAGUGGAGCUUGUAAAGGAAAGUCUUUACUCACAACAAUUAUGAAGCUAGCUUGGUGUGCUCAAAUUUAUACCCUCUGGGAGGAGAGAAACAGAAGAUUGUUCUAG